GGCUUUGUUAAAAAUGAAGCUCCUCCUUUUGCAAUUACCUGGCCCAGGUACACAACGAAAACCAAGCAUCCCGGCCCAAAAUUCUGUGUCUCAUGUUUUUGGCAUUUUCAUAUUAGGGUUAAGGCUUCUCCCUCCAGGGACGAAUUGCCGCUGCUAGUCGGCAUCAAUGGCGAGUGUGUAUAUUCCGGUGCAAAACUCAGAGGAAGAGGUCAGGGUUGCACUCGACCAGCUUCCCAGGGAUGCUUCUGAUAUUCUUGAUAUCCUCAAGGCCGAACAAGCCCCUCUUGAUCUUUGGCUCAUCAUUGCUAGGGAGUACUUCAAACAAGGGAAGAUUGAACAGUUUCGCCAGAUUUUGGAGGAAGGGUCUAGCCCUGAAAUUGAUGAAUACUAUGCUGAUGUAAGAUAUGAGAGGAUUGCUAUCCUGAAUGCUUUGGGGGCCUAUUAUAGCUACCUUGGUAAAAUCGAGACUAAACAGAGAGAAAAGGAAGAACAUUUUAUUCAGGCGACACAAUACUACAACAAAGCGUCAAGAAUUGACAUGCAUGAGCCUUCUACUUGGGUUGGGAAAGGUCAGCUUUUACUGGCUAAGGGUGAAAUAGAACAGGCAUUUGCUGCAUUUAAGAUUGUUUUGGAUGGAGAUCAUGAUAAUAUUCCUGCCCUACUUGGUCAGGCAUGUGUUCAUUUUAAUCGUGGGCGCUAUGCUGAUUCCUUGGAGUUGUAUAAGAGGGCCUUGCAAGUGUAUCCGAGUUGUACUGGAGCUGUCAGGCUUGGCUUAAGUCUCUGUUACUACAAACUGGGCAAGCUUGAAAAGGCUCGGAAGGGCUUCCAGCGUGUUCUGCAGCUGGAUCCUGAAAAUGUUGAGGCUCUCGUGGCACUUGGUAUUAUGGAUCUACAAACAAAUGAAGCUGCUGGAAUUAGAAAAGGAAUGGAAAAAAUGCAAAGAGCUUUUGAUAUAUAUCCCUACAGUGCAAUGUCACUGAAUUAUCUUGCAAAUCACUUUUUCUUCACUGGCCAGCAUUUUUUGGUUGAGCAACUGACUGAAACUGCCCUCUAUGUUACCAAUCAUGGACCAACAAAGUCACAUUCUUACUACAAUUUAGCACGAUCUUACCAUAGCAAGGGAGACUAUGAAAAAGCUGGGUUGUAUUACAUGGCAUCUGUCAAGGAAAUCCGUAAACCUCGUGAUUUUAUAUUGCCUUAUUAUGGCCUGGGACAAGUACAACUGAAAUUGGGAGAUUUUAGAAGUUCCCUUUCAAACUUUGAAAAGGUCUUGGAAGUUUACCCUGAAAGUUGUGAAGCAUUAAAAGCUCUUGGGCAUAUCUAUGUUCAACUUGGACAGACUGAGAAGGCUGUGGAAUUCCUUAGGAAGGCUACAAAAAUUGACCCACGUGAUGCAGAGGCAUUUCUGGAUCUGGGGGAUUUGUUAAUUUCAACUGAUGAAGGGGCUGCUUUAGAUGCUUUCAAGACAGCACAUGGUCUUCUAAAGAAAGGGAGUGAAGAAGUUCCUAUAGAAUUGCUCAACAAUAUUGGGGUUCUUCAUUUCGAAAGGGGGGAAUUUGAGCUCGCUGAGCAAACUUUUAAGGAGGCUUUAGGUGAUGGCAUUUGGCACAUGUGGCUUGAUGGUAAGGCACAUUCCCAUGCAAUUGAUGCAAGUGCUUCUAUUCAUCAAUACAAGAACAUGCAGAUAUUUCAUCAACUUGAGGAAGAUGGUGUUUUUGUGGAACUACGUUGGAAUAAAAUCACUGCAAUAUUUAACCUGGCCAGAUUGCUUGAGCAGUUACAUAACACUGGAACUGCAAGCAUAUUGUAUCAGCUGAUCUUGUUCAAGUAUCCAGACUAUAUAGAUGCCUAUCUGAGGCUGGCUGCCAUUGCCAAAGCUCGAAAUAAUAUUCAAUUAAGCAUUGAACUGGUUGGUGAAGCCCUGAAGGUGAAUGACAAGUGUCCAGAUGCAUUAUCCAUGCUUGGUGAGCUGGAACUUAAGAACGAUGACUGGGUUAAGGCAAAGGAUACCUUCCGUGCUGCUCGGGAAGCGUCUGAUGGAAAGGAUUCUUAUGCUACUCUUUCUUUGGGGAACUGGAAUUACUUUGCUGCAGUCCGCUCUGAAAAAAAAGCUCCCAAGUUGGAAGCAACCCAUCUUGAAAAAGCUAAGGAACUCUACACAAAAGUUCUGGUGCAGCAUAAUUCGAAUUUAUAUGCUGCCAAUGGUGCAGGAUUGAUUUUGGCAGAAAAAGGCCAAUUUGAUGUUUCAAAAGAUAUCUUUGCACAGGUUCAAGAAGCUGCAAGUGGAAGCAUAUUUGUCCAGAUGCCAGACGUGUGGAUAAAUUUGGCACAUGUUUAUUAUGCUCAAGGCAAUUUCUCAUUGGCUGUCAAAAUGUACCAAAAUUGCUUGCGGAAAUUCUUUCAUAAUGCGGAUGCUCAAGUUCUUCUUUAUCAAGCUCGUACUCAGUAUGAAGCUGAACAGUGGCAGGAUUGUAAAAAAACUUUACUGAGAGCAACCCACUUGGCACCUUCAAACUACACCCUAAGAUUUAAUGCUGGUGUGACAAUGCAAAAGUUCUCUGCUUCAACACUACAAAAGACAAAGAGGACUGCUGAUGAGGUGCGUUCAACAGUUGCGGAGCUAAAGAAUGCUGUCCGCAUAUUUAGUCAGUUAUCGGCAGCUUCCAACCUUCACUUUCAUGGGUUUGAUGAGAAGAAAAUUGACACUCAUGUGGGGUAUUGCAAGCACUUGCUAGAAGCUGCAAAAGUUCAUUGUGAAGCAGCUGAGCGUGAGGAGCAGCAGAACCGACAGAGACUUGAACUUGCUCGUCAGGUCUCAUUGGCUGAGGAAGCCCGUCGUAAAGCUGAAGAACAGAAGAAAUUUCAGUUGGAGAGGAGAAAACAGGAGGACGAGCUGAAACGGGUGAUGCAACAGGAGGAACAUUUUGAACGUGUAAAGGAGCAAUGGAAAAGUAGCACUCCUGCCUCUAAGCGGAAGGAGAGGUCCCAGAUUGAAGAUGAGGAAGGUGGGCAUGGUGAGAAGAGGAAGAGAAAAGGUGGAAAGAGGAGAAAGAAGGACAAGAACACAGGAUCACGUUAUGAGACAGCGGAUGCAGAAGCUAUGAUGGAAGAUCAGGAAGAAAUGGAAGAUGAUGAAGUCAAUAUGACCUAUAGGGAGCCCUCUAAUCAGAUGAAUGAUCAGGAUAAUGAUGCUCAAGACAAUGCUCAGGAUCUUCUUGCAGCAGCUGGGCUUGAAGAUUCAGAUGCUGAUGAUGACAUGGCCGCACCUCCAUCGAACGCAAGUCGACGGAAACAGACAUGGUCAGAUUCUGAUGAUGAUGAGAUAUUAGACAGGCAACAAGUGGCGAGUCCUAUUAGAGAGAACUCUGCCGAGCUGCAAGAAAGUGACGGAGAAGUUAGAAACAACGGGGACAAGCUGAACGGGGAUGCUGCUACCUCUGAUGAUGAUUGAGGUCAAAUAAUCUUUAUGAAUCCUUUCAAAGCCAACUAUAUACAACUGCAUUCCCAAUCCCUCAGUUUUUCCCUUCAUUUCUUCCAUGGAGAGAGGAGAAGAGGGAAGUACAUCUGGUAAGAAAAAUUGUAAAUAUUUUCCACAUAUUGAUGAAUAGAAAAUUAAAGUUACAUCAUGGCUGUAGAAAUUAUUGGAGGCUUCACUGUAGUCUGAGAAUAUCAAAUUUUUGAAGCCUUAAACUUGAUAACAUUGUUCAGUGAUGCUGUUUGCGCGUCUCUGAAUCCUGUUAUACGUAAUGUAAUUUAUGUUUUCUUAUUUUGAAA